CUGCAGUGGAAUUCAAAUGCAGCCGUCCAGUACGGGAGACAGAGAACUGGAUGCCGAGGGAACCGGUAUACGUUAUAUCUCGUCCAUGUAAUCUUCCCGAAGCAUCGUUCAAGAAGGUCCCGGUACAAAAGGAUUCCUCUCUCGACCUCCUUUAUCCUAUCUGACGUCCUUGUGAAAUGGCCUCCCUUCACGGCUCGAAGUUAACUGAUUUGACGGGUCGUGUCGCCCUAGUCACGGGCGGGGGGACCGGAAUUGGAAAUCUUAUUGCAAGAGGUUUAGCAGCAAAUGGGGCCAAGGUAUACAUCACCGGUCGACGGAAGGACGUCUUAGAGAAAGCUGCUGCACAAGCGCAGUCGCAAGGCUUGCAGGUUAUCCCUCUCCCACUGGAUGUGACGGAUAAGGACUCUAUCCGCGCUGGCGUGACGACCCUCAAGGAAAAGGAAGGGAAAUUGCAUAUCUUGGUCAACAAUGCUGGUGCAGCAGGUCCCGUCUCCAUGUUUGCCGCCAAUCCAUCCGCGCCGGAGCGCAAGGACACUGAGACCUUCGGUCGAGCUCUUUUCGAGCAUCAAACCUUCGAGCAGUGGAAAGACUUGUAUCAACUCAAUGUAGCCUCUGCAUUCUUCGUUACGAGCGCCUUCUUAGGCCUCUUGGAGAACGGGGCUCAUGAUGUCGGUGAAGGCGAGACGUCGAGCGUCGUCAACAUCUCGAGCGGGUUGGCUUCGACGCACCUAAAUAUAGGAAUGUACUGCUAUGGCGUAACCAAAGCGGCGCUCAAUCACUUGACGGGUUCCCUGGCUACCGAAUACACUCUGUUGAAGAUCCCCGUCAGAGUAAACGCUAUCGCAGCCGGCUACUUCAUUUCAGAAGCCACUCCCCCGGAGCUCGAACACCUCGUCAGGAGCGGCUUGGCCAUGCCUGGAACUGUCUCUCCAGCGCCAACAAAACGGCCGGGAAAGGAGGAGGAGAUGACGAUGGCAGUCCUCUCUUUGGUGGCAUCAGCUAACUAUAUAAAUGGCCAAGUCGUGACUGUGGAUGGAGGGUUUAGUCUUGUCAACCCAUAGAUGUUCCAAGAGGGGCACUAUUCUUGUCUAGAAGCGUUUCUACCACCACUUUUCUGCUUGUAUCAUAAACCAAGCUAUGCGACUCAUCUGAUGGAAUGAUUGGGCAAUAGGCGAUUCGCUGACUUUUUGACGCUG